ACGGGUGUUGUGUGCAACACACAGAAGAAUCAUUAGAGGUUGUGUUUUGGAGACCCACACAGCGCAAUUGAGCUCGCCGCCUGAUAUUAUGUGCUUUAGCAGUUCUGAUAUCAUGCUGGGCUUUUAAGUUGACGGGUAUAUUACCUGUCGAAACCUCUGAUUUCCUCGCUCACACCAGAGAAACGAGCGAAAUCAGCAGCCUUCACAGUACUGUCUAUGGUUCUCCCGGACACGAGGUGAAACACGUGGUCAGGUCAGGCGUUCUUCACAAAACAUUAAGUCAGUGAAGGUGUAAAGCUGAGCUCAUGGCUGCUGAUGAAGAGGAGCUGUCCAUCAAUGAUCAGGCCAUCAGUGCCAGUGAAGAUGAGGAGGGCAGUGAUGAUGAGCGAAAACACAAGAAGCUGCUGGAAGCCAUCAGUUCGAUGGGUGGAAGAAAGAGGAAAAAGCAGAAUGAGCGCUCUGAAGCAAGCGUGCAGGUCUCCGAGUACUUCGUUAAUGCCGAGGGUACAGGAGACAAAGUCAACCUCUCUGACCUCCUGGGAACUGUGGAGAAGACCUCAGGAGCCUCCAACAAGACCAAGAAACAGCUGAGGAACCUGCAGAGCAGUAAAGGGACGUUGGAGCUGCCUCUCAACAAGCAGCAAACAGAGAAGAUUCAGAGAGGUAUAGCGUACGAGAAGACCACCACAGAGGUGUCGAUCUGGAAGAACAUCAUACUGCAGAACCAGAAGGCCGAACAGAUGGUGUUUCCUCUGAACCAGGAGUCCUCCGCACCCAGACGUGUGGAGCAGGUGGUGGCUGGAUGGAAGGUUCAAACUCCUCUCGAACAGGAGAUUUUCCGGCUCUUGCAUGGAAACAGUCAGCCUGUCAAUGACCCUGUUCUGACUCCUGUAGAGGAGCAGUCGCUUAAAGCCAUGAGCUUGGAGGAGGCUAAGAUUCGUCGCGCUGAGCUUCAAAAGGCAAGAGCGCUCCAGUCGUACUAUGAGGCAAAAGCCAAAAGAACCAAGAAAAUCAAGAGCAAAAAGUUCCACAAGGUUCAGAAUAAAGCCAAGCGUAAGGAUUUCCUGAAGCAGUUUGAUGAGAUGGUAAAGACCAAUCCUGACGGAGCUCUGGAAGAGCUAAAAAAGAUGGAGCUGUCCAGGAUGGAGGAGAGGAUGUCUCUGAAGCAUCAGAACAGUGGCAAGUGGGCCAAGUCAAAGGCCAUCAUGGCCAAAUAUGAUGAUUCGGCACGCAAAGCAAUGCAGGAGCAGCUGCAGGUGAAUAAAGAUCUUACCCAGAAGAUCGUGGUGCCCUCCGAUGACGAACACGAGAGUGUCGAGGAAGAACUCGAGAUGGUUCCUGACUUCGUGAACGACCCUGAGCCGGUCAUUGACCCGGUCAACCCCUGGAUGAGAGGCCGGCUCACACACGAAGAGCCCGAGGUCAGCGCUGUCCCAUCUGAGGAUGUGCAGGCCACAGGAGAAGAGAACGAGGAGGAGGAGGAGGAGCUCAUCGGAGAGUUUGAGAGGAAGAGGAAGCUGAGGCAAGCUGAUGAAGAGGACUUGAUUCCUACAGAAGAAGAGCAACCAGCGAACGAGGUGGUUGAAGAAGACGUGGUCGAGGCUUCUGACAAAGAGGAGGAGGAGGAUGAAGAUGAGGAAGAGGACGUUUCUGAGUUCAACACCCUGUUCAGGCUCAUGAGGAGUGAGAAGACGCUUGAGGCUUCAGGUCAGACUCUGAACACAGAAGAUGAAGAGGGAGCUCUGAACGAAGGACAGGUUCGCGUCAGGGAUAUAGAAGACCUGGAGGUUUUGGACGAGGUUGUUGAAGGCCGACCCGUUGAGGAGCCGUCAGGAACACCGAGCGCUGCGCCGGAGGCCACGUCUGAGACGCCUCUUAAAAAGAGAAGAGAAAUCAGCCUCACAGAAGUCCUCACCAAAGAAGCCAAGGCCGUCAAAGUACCCUUUCUGCCCACAGUGGUUGAUGAGGAAGAGCGUGAUGAACAGAUCUCCAUCAUCAAGGAGGCGUUUGCUGGGGAUGAUGUGAUUUCUGAUUUCAUAAAGGACAAAAGCAAUCAGGAAGCAGCCGGGAGGCCAGAAGUGGUGGACCUGACUCUGCCGGGCUGGGGAGAAUGGGGAGGAGUCGGCCUCAAACCCUCGCGCUGGAAACGCAAGAGAUUUAGGAUACAGAUGGCCCCACCUCCUCCACGACAGGACCAGAAACUGCCGGAUGUCAUCAUAUCAGAGAAAAGAAGCGCAUCGGUGGCUUCCCAUCAGGUCAGUCAUCUGCCGUUCCCUUUCCAAAACACUGCUCAGUUUGAGUCCACCAUCCGGACUCCCAUCGGGCCGACGUGGAACACACAGAGUGUUGUGAAGAGUAUGACCAAACCCAAAGUCAUCACUCAGAUGGGUGCAAUCAUUGAGCCGAUGGUCAAAGAGGACUACAUAAAGCACAAGAGCACAGCUCCGGGGGGUAAAGGACCAGCGAUCAUGCUGGGGGGAAACAGACGGGCCAAAGAGGGCACGAAACAUCGAGGAAGAAGAUCCCAGAAGAGGAAACAGUCACAGGCAUGAAAGAUGGUCUGGCUUCAGUAAAUAGAUUUGAUUUGUGAGGUGUCUCUCUAAUAAAUUACCAAAUGAACCUUUUGUAAAAUCUCCUCAUACAUUUAUUUGUAUACUUAACUGUUUUGUGAGUAAUAGAUGUUUUUCUGUCCAGCUGCCCUAAAAAAUAAAUGUUAAAAUCAGUUUAGUUGCAAACCCUAA